AUGCCCCCGAAGAAACGAGCACCAGCGUCUGCGCACACCAACGUGCCCGAUGCACCUGAGGAGAAUCUCAAACGGAGACGGGCUACAGCCCCGAAAGCGACCGCCACAAAGAGCCAACCCCAAAAGGGCGGAGCUGGGACUGGCGGAAAGAGUAGCAAAGGCAGGGGUCGUGAUCCAUUUUAUUACAGUAAAUCCCUAACCGAUCCUAUCAACACCGAAAAGGAUAAAUGGAACCUUCUUCCCGCCUUUCUGAAAGUGAAGGGCCUCGUCAAGCAGCAUAUCGACUCGUACAACUAUUUUGUGGAGGUACAGCUGAAAAAAAUCGUGCAGGCGAGCGCUGAAAUCCGGAGUGAUGUAGAUCCGAAUUUCUAUAUUAGAUUCCAUGAUAUAUACCUCGGCAGCCCAAGGCGGGCGGAUGAAGAACAGUCAGAAGAUACGCGUUUCAAAGUCGAAUCUACGAUUACCCCCAACGAAUGCCGAUUACGAGAUAUGACCUACGCUGCUCCGAUCUUGGUCGAUUUUGAAUACGUCCGCGGCCGUCAACGGGUAAAGCGGAAUGGAACUGCAAUUGGUCGCAUGCCUGUCAUGCUUCGAAGCUCCAAAUGUGUUCUUUCGAAGAAGUCGCCGGGCGAAAUGUAUCAAUUACAUGAGUGCCCUUUGGAUCCAGGUGGUUAUUUUAUCGUGAACGGGACCGAAAAGGUCAUUCUUGUGCAGGAGCAGUUGAGCAAGAACAGAGUCAUUGUUGAAACGGAUCCGAAGAAAGAGAUCGUUCAGGCUUCUGUGACAAGUUCCUCGAACGAGCGGAAAUCUAAGAGCUAUAUCAUCCUCAAAAAGGACCGAAUAUACUUGCGACAUAACGUCCUUAGUGAUGACGUACCAAUUGUUAUCAUACUAAAAGCAAUGGGGAUACAGUCUGACAAAGAAAUGUUACUUCUAGUUGCCGGAGUGGACAGCGUAUACCAGGAGGAUUUCGCGAUCAAUUUCGAAGAGUCAAUCAAACUAGGGAUAUAUACACAACAACAAGCGUUGGAAUACCUCGGUUCACAUAUCAAAAUCAUGCGAAAACCGAACAGUUUUGGUGGCGUCCGUCGAAAUUAUAUCCAGGAAGCUGUCGAGGCUAUUGCAUCUGUCAUUAUAUCCCAUGUUCAAGUUGAAAAUAUGAAUUUCCGGCCGAAAGCGCUUUACGUUGCUCACAUGGCGCGCCGCGUUUUGAUGGCAAAGCACGAUCCUAGCUUAGUCGAUGAUCGCGACUAUGUUGGCAAUAAGCGGUUGGAGUUGGCUGGCCAACUUCUCGCGCUAUUGUUUGAAGACUUGUUCAAAAAGUUUUGUUUCGAUAUUAAGAUGAACAUUGACAAAGUUCUAAAGAAACCCGUACGAACCGAAGCGUUUGAUGCCUUUAGCGUGGUUGCGAUCCACGGGAACCAUAUCACGCAGGGCAUGAAUCGUGCCAUCUCAACGGGCAAUUGGAGUCUCAAACGAUUCCGUAUGGAACGUGCUGGAGUCACCCAUGUGCUGAGCCGGCUAAGUUAUAUUUCUGCAUUGGGUAUGAUGACCCGAAUAUCCAGUCAGUUUGAAAAAACUCGAAAGGUCAGCGGUCCUCGAGCCCUGCAGCCGUCGCAGUUUGGUAUGCUUUGCCCUGCGGAUACUCCCGAAGGUGAAGCCUGCGGUCUCGUUAAGAAUCUUGCUCUUAUGACGCACAUCACCACUAACGACGAGGAAGAGCCGGUGCGAAAGCUGGUUUACGCUUUGGGUGCUGAAGAUGUGCAGGCUGUGGGCGGACGGGAAUUUUAUGGUCAAGGUGCAUAUAUAAUAUUCCUGAACGGUUCGCCCAUCGCUUUAACCAGACGGCCGAAAUUUUUUUUGAAUUCAUUCCGGCGCUUGCGACGAAUGGGACGAGUGUCGGAGUUCGUCAGCAUAUACAUCAAUCACCAUCAGAGCGCAAUGCACAUCGCGACAGAUGACGGUCGAAUUUGUCGUCCACUAAUAAUCGUUGAGAAGCAGAAAUCAAGGGUUACAGCUGAUCAUUUAUCUCAGCUACGGAGUGGCGAAAUGGAAUUCGAUGACUUCCUGGCUCAAGGCCUCGUUGAAUAUCUCGAUGUAAACGAAGAAAACGAUUCUUAUAUUUCUGUUUACGAGAGAGAGAUAAAUGAAAAUACAACACACCUGGAAAUCGAACCUUUCACCAUUCUCGGUGCUGUUGCCGGCCUUAUUCCUUAUCCACAUCACAAUCAAUCACCCCGAAAUACGUAUCAAUGCGCCAUGGGUAAACAAGCCAUAGGCGCUAUUGCUAACAAUCAGUUUCUCCGCAUCGAUUCCUUGCUUUAUACCAUGGUCUAUCCUCAGAAACCCAUGGUCAAAACUAGGACCAUCGAGCUCGUCAAAUAUGAUCGCUUACCCGCUGGACAAAGCGCCACGGUUGCCGUUAUGAGUUACUCAGGAUACGAUAUCGAGGACGCUUUGGUAUUGAACAAAGCGUCGGUUGAUCGUGGAUUCGGCCGCUGCCAGGUGUUUCGUAAAUAUUCAGCCAACCUAAAGAGUUAUUCAAAUGGGACGAAAGAUAGGCUAUUGGGACCUGACCGCGAGAAUGGCGCUCCUAUUCGCAAACACGCUCUCCUUGAUAGCGAUGGACUGGCGGCCGUGGGCGAGAAAGUGAGCAGCGGCGAAGUUUAUAUCAAUAAAGUCACGCCAGAAAACGCUUUGUCUUCUGGGAUCACUGGCUCAGACGCUGGUGGGCCGAUUGCAUACAUUCCAUCACCUCAAACAUACAAGCUUCCCGAUCCGAGUUACAUAGACAAGGUUAUGAUCUCAACAACGGAGGGAGAAAACCAACUUCUCAAGGUACAAACGCGACAAACCCGCCGUCCAGAGGUCGGCGAUAAAUUCUCCUCGCGCCAUGGACAAAAGGGUGUUGUGGGAAUCAUCGCCGAGCAAGCUGACAUGCCCUUCACGGACCAAGGCAUUGUCCCAGACAUAAUCAUGAACCCGCAUGGUUUCCCGUCUCGUAUGACAGUGGGAAAAAUGCUUGAGCUCGUGGUCGGCAAAGCUGGCGUCCUCUCAGGCCAAUUCGGCUACGGUACGCCCUUUGGCGGCAGCCCCGUCGAGGAAAUGUCGGCCAUUCUCGUUUCCAAGGGCUUCAGCUACGGCGGCAAAGACUAUCUUACCUCCGGCAUCACCGGCGAACCUCUUCCCGCGUAUGUGUUUACCGGACCGAUUUACUACCAGAAACUCAAGCACAUGGUCCAAGAUAAAAUGCACUCCCGCGCUCGCGGUCCGCGAGCCAUUCUCACACGCCAACCCACAGAAGGUCGAUCGCGCGAUGGUGGGCUUCGCCUCGGCGAGAUGGAACGUGAUUGCCUCAUCGCGUACGGCACCAGUCAGCUAUUGCUGGAGCGGCUGAUGAUUUCGUCUGAUCGCCAUGAAGUUGAUGUGUGCGAGAACUGUGGGUUUAUGGGCUACUUGGGGUGGUGUCAGCGGUGCAAGACGUCAAGGGGCGUGGUGAAGAUGGCGAUCCCGUAUGCAGCGAAGUUGCUGGUUCAAGAGCUUUUUAGUAUGAAUGUCGUUGCGCGGUUCAAGCUUGCUGAUGAGUUCCCCGAGGAGAGAGGGAUGUAA